AUGGUCAACUGUUCUAACGACAAAAAUAGUCUGCUCAUAAACAUCAUUGCUGGGUCAGUUGUUGUGGUUGUGGUUUUGGUGUUGGUGGUGGGGUUCAUCACCUUCAUGGCUACAAAACGCUUCACCAAGAACAAGCUGCUGAGUCCGUCCUCCAAACCUGCAGAUGUUUCCACAGAAACAAAAGAGCACCUCCUGAUCAACAUUAAAGAACCUGCAGAGGUCUUCAGUCUGAAGGCCCCUGGUCCGAGUCCUCAGAGUGAGCAGGAGUUAUCAAAGCUGCCUGACGGUGUGCUCCUGGAGAUCUGGAUCGCUGACCUCAUCUACACGGUGCUGGAUCUGGUUCCGGUGUCGCAGGUGAAGCAGCUGGUACGUUCUCUCGGCGUGAGGGACACAGAGAUCGAACAUGCUGAGAUGGACCACAGGUCCAGCCGGGAGGCUCACUAUCAGAUGAUGCGGGUUUGGGCCCAGAGGAGCGUACGAAGGGGGAGAGGUGAAAUGUCACACCGGCCUCUUCUGGAGGAGCUCUUGGACAAACUGAGACUGAUGCACCUGGGCUGGGCCGCCGAGGAACUGGAGACAAAGUAUACCAUUCAGUGAUGCAGUGCGCUCGCCAAGUUGGACAAAAAAAAACGAAGCUUCUGAGACCAAGUAUUGUUCUGUGAGACUCGCUCUGCAGAGAUGAGGUGCUACAAGCAGAGAGUCAGUUUUAUUUCACAUCGGAACAAAGAACGUUGGACUUUGACAGAUGAUUUUUUUCAAAGAACUUUCUGCAAUAUGUUUUUAAAACAAUCUAGAACUCUUUCUGUGAGGAAGAUGUGAAGACUGAGCUCACACAGCAGAUAUGAAGCUCAUCUGUUGCAGCUUAAAGUUAGGAAACAGGCAAAACAUUAAGCAUAACGCUGUUAAAAGUCAACUGAAUCUCACCAGCAUUUCUAAAUAACUUAUUUUUUUACAUCAAGGGGAAAAUGUAUUUUAUAUAGUUUUGGAGGGAAAUAUAUCUAUAUAUCUCUGAUGGGUCUUUUAUUGGACGAAAGUUGUGAAUAUUUAUAUCGGCUUAGUUACCGUAAUUUCCGGACUAUUGAGCGCACCUGAAUAUAAGCCGCAUCCACUAAAUUAAAAUAAUAGUAACAAUUGUACAUAUAUAGACCACCCUUGU